ACUGACGAAAAUUCGACACCGAAUCGAACAGCAAAUUUUUAUAAACACAAGACACAAGCGACACAAGUUUUAUUAUUUUCUUGUAGAUCUGUAAUUUACAGUAAUGGCUGAUAGUGACGAAGAACCCGACUACAUGUCUGAGGAAUUCUUAUCUUCAUGUGUCAAGGAUGUCCGCCCAGGCCUAGUAUUCAAGCAAAGCACCAAAAGACAAUUCCAGUUGGAGGAACAACAUCGUAGCGCCAAUGAAAAAAUGAGAAAAUUGAACAAGCCUGUCAAAGUUUUAGAAGCCGAAAAACGUGAAGAAGGACUAAGCACAGCCAUCACCAGCCAGAAUAAAGGAUUUGCCAUGUUGCAAAAGAUGGGCUACAAUCCGGGCAAAGGUCUAGGAAAAACGGGAGAAGGCCGAGUGGAGCCCGUGGCUGUUGAAAUAAAGGUCGAUCGAGCUGGCCUGGGUAGAGAAGCAGCUGUCAAAGACAUUCUGCAGAGGAAGAUGACGAUGUUACAGAACAGAAUCGCCAGUCAGAGUAACUCGACCAGUGUGGCCGAGUUCAGAAAUCGAAAAAAGGAUGAAGCCGUCCAGAAACUCACCCACGCAGAUCUGAGAAAAAGCCAACGCAUGUGCAAAGUGCUGGACGAAGAAAAAAGCAUUUUGGAGCCGGCUGAACCUUGGUUCUGGCCUGAGGUCAUCAAAGAGCCCACAUCUGACGAAGAAGAAGAAGAAGAGGCUGAAGAAAAAGAAGAACUUUUAGAACCUGGUGAGCAAUUGGAGCUAAUCACAGCCUACCUCCGUCAAGUUCAUUUCUACUGUUCCUGGUGCGCCACCAAAUUCGAAGAUGAUCAAGAUCUCACUUCAAAUUGUCCAGGAGCUACCCGUGAUGAUCAUUGAGAAAAGGCAACAUCUACUUAAGUUUGGUUUUUAUCAAUGUAAUUUAUUUGCAAAUGGUCUGUACAUUAAAAAGUGUCUUUAAAUGGUAAAAUAAUACUUUUAAUUUCGCUUUUAA